UGGCAAAUUGAAGCACUUACUAGAGACAUUGAGCAAUCAAGGGCAGAGCUUAAAAAGCAAGAAGAUGAUUUUAAAUCUCAAUUAAAAGAAAAAGAAGAUGAAAUUUUAAGGGUUUCUAAUCAACGUAAUGAGCAACAGGCAAAGUUUGAAGCUUGUUCGAGUGAAAUAGAGCGACUACAAAGAAAUUAUGAUGCUGACAUGGAGAAGUUGAAAGUAGUAAUCAAGAAACAAUAUAAUAUAGAGUCUACUCUAAGAAGUGAAUUGAAGGUGCUACAUGAUACUAUUACAAAAAUUGAAACUGAUAAAAGAUUGAAAUUAGAAGAACUCAAGAAAAAGCAUGAUGAAAUUGGAAAAAUACAAGAGAAAGUGGUUGAUAAACAGAAACAAGAUAUUGAGACUUUGCAAGUUACUAAUAAAAAGCUCACUGAAGAUGGAAUAAAUAAAGAAAGUGAAGUACAAGACACCAGGGAUCAGUUACAGAAAGUGAAGGAUAAGCUUGCCAAAAAUAUGGAAGAGAAAGAUGAAGUGAUAGCUAGUCUACAACAAGCGGUUGAAGUAAGAAGUGAAACAGUGUCUCAGAUGAAGCAAGCACUUGAUCAACAAAUGAUGAGGGCUAACGAACAAUUGGAAGCUAAACAAAAGCAGAUUGAUCAACUAGCUGAGAAAUUACAAGUGGAAGAAGCACUGAGUGCGAUAUACAAGCAUGACUUUGAAACUGAAAGAAAUGACCAGCAGAAGUUACAUCAAUCAUUUAUUGAUUUGCAAGCUCACUGUGAGUAUUUGAAACAGAAAUUAACUGAAGAAGAGAAGUUUAUCAAUGCACAAGGAAAGUAUCAUGAAUUGCAAAAACAUGAACAUAUCAAACUCAUUGCAUCUAUGACAGAUGAAGUAGAAAAAACAAAAGGAGAAUUAAUGAAAGCAAAAGAACAACUUUCUAGCUUAACUAAGGAAAAGAAAAGACUGGAAAAAAGAAUCAAAGAAUUGGAACAAGGAGAGACAGAGAGAGUGAUAGAAAUAAAGCAAGAGAUGCAGGCUCUAACAGCACAAGUCAAUGCUUACAGUCGGGAGGUGGAUAAACAGAAAGGAUUAGUGGCCCAGAAUCAAGAGAAACACAAAGCUGAGGUCAUUCAACUACAGGAAAAGCUAAAACGUGAAAUGAAAUCUAAGGUAUUUAUUUAUCUCUUUUUUAUAACUCUACAACAUAGAAAAAUUGUUGAUAAAAGCAACAACUGUCAUAUCAAACAUUGUUUGAGCACUAUGCAUGUAUACUUGAUUGGGGAAUUGAAAAGCAAUGUAUAUGAUACCUUCAAUGACAUUUAAAAGUGUAAUAUCCUACAUUUGCAUUUCUCUAAGACUAGUGAAUUGUGUGUGU